AUGGCGUUGAACAAGCUAAGGAUUGAUUCUGUGGAUGUGGCUGGAAAGCGUGUGUUCAUCCGCGUCGAUUUCAACGUGCCGCAAGAUAAGAAGGACCCAAGCAUCAUCACCAACACCCAACGCAUUGAUGCGGCGUUGCCCACCAUCAAGUAUUGCCUCGACAAGGGUUGCAAAUCCGUCGUGCUCUGUUCACAUCUUGGUCGACCGGAUGGAAGCGUAGUCGAGAAGUACUCAUUGGCUCCGGUCGCGAAGUGCGUCCAAGAGAAGUUGGGGAAACCCGUCACCUUCCUGAAGGACUGCUGUGGCUCAGAGGUUGAGGCCGCCUGUGCGAAUCCUGCGCCGGGCUCCGUGAUCCUGCUGGAGAACUGCCGCUUCCACGUGGAGGAGGAGGGCAAAGGCCAGGACAAGGAUGGAAACAAGAUCAAGGCCGACAAAGAGAAAACGAAGGAGUUCCGAGCUUCCAUCGCCAAAUUGGCGGACAUCUACUGCAGCGACGCCUUUGGCACGGCUCAUCGCGCUCAUAGCUCGAUGGUGGGUGAGGGCUACUCCGUGAAGUGCUCGGGGUUCCUGGUGGCCAAGGAACUGGAGGCCUUCGCGAAGGUUUUGGACAGCCCGGUGAAGCCGGUUUGUGCAAUUCUGGGCGGGGCCAAGGUGACGGACAAGAUUCAACUCAUCAAAAACAUGCUGGACAAGGUGGAUGCCAUGAUCAUCGGCGGCGGCAUGGCCUUCACCUUCAUCAAGGUCCUGCACGGCAUGAGCAUCGGCAACUCCCUUUUCGACGAGGAGGGCGCGAAGAUCGUGCCGGAGAUCAUGGAGAAAGCCAAGGCGAAGGGAGUCGAGAUCGUGCUGCCCAUCGAUUUCGUGAUCUCCUCCAAGUUCGGGGAGGACGGGGAGAUCAAGACGGCCACGCUCGCCAGCGGCAUCCCGGACGGCUUCAUGGGCCUCGACUGCGGCCCCGAGAGCAAUGUAUUGAACUCGGCGACCAUUGCAAGGAGCAAGACCAUCGUCUGGAACGGCCCAAUGGGCGUCUUCGAGAUGGCCGCCUUCGAGACGGGAACCAAAGUGAUGAUGGACAAGAUCGUGGAGGUCACCAAGUCCGGCGCAGUCACGGUCAUCGGAGGGGGCGACACCGCCACGGCCUGCAAGAAGUAUGACACGGAGGACAAGGUCACCCACUGCUCCACCGGAGGUGGUGCUUCCCUGGAGCUUUUGGAGGGCAAGGUGUUGCCCGGCGUGGCUGCGUUGGACGACGCGCCGGCCGGAGGUGCUUUCCAAAUCCUCCAAGUUCGGGCAAGGGAGAUCUUCGAUUCCAGGGGCAACCCCACCGUUGAGGUGGACCUCUGCACUCCGAUGGCUCUCUUCCGCGCGGCGGUGCCCAGCGGUGCCUCCACCGGCAUCUACGAGGCGCUGGAGUUGCGCGACGGUGACAAGGGCCGGCUGCUGGGGAAAGGUGUGCUUAAGGCCGUGGCGAACGUGAACGACAUCAUUGGGCCGAAGCUGGUGGGCAUGGACGUGCGCGAGCAGAAGCUGAUCGACGAGGUCAUGGUUCAGCAGCUGGACGGCUCCAAGAACGAGUGGGGUUGGUCCAAGUCCAAGCUGGGUGCCAAUGCAAUCCUGGCCGUGUCCAUGGCGGUCUGCCGUGCUGGCGCAGCUGCGAGCCAGAUGCCCCUUUACCAGUACAUCGCCAAGAUCUCUGGCAAGCCCACAGACAAGUUCGUCAUGCCGGUCCCUUCCUUCAACGUGAUCAACGGAGGAAGCCACGCUGGAAACCGCUUGGCUUGUCAGGAGUUCAUGAUCCUGCCCGUGGGUGCCGCUUCCUUCAAGGAGGCGAUGAUCGUCGGCGCUGAGGUCUACCACAACCUGAAGUCGGUGAUCAAGAAGAAGUACGGCCAGGAUGCGUGCAACGUGGGCGAUGAAGGCGGCUUUGCCCCCAACGUGCAGGACAACAACGAGGCGCUGGAUGUGCUGAUGGAAGCCAUCAAGAAGUCUGGCCACGAAGGCAAGGUGAAGAUCGGCACCGACGUGGCAGCCUCGGAGUUCUACAAAUCCGACGAGAAGAUCUACGACUUGGACUUCAAGAACGAGGCCGGCGGUGCCGCGGAGAUGAAGAAGUCCGUGCCGCAGCUCAUUGACUACUACAAGAGCUGGCUGUCGAAGUACCCCUUCGUCUCCAUCGAGGACCCCUUCGAUCAAGACGACUGGGAUGCCUACAAGGCCUUCAUGGCAGAGGUCGGCAAGGACACGCAGAUCGUCGGGGACGACCUGUUGGUCACGAACCCGACGCGUGUGAAGAAGGCCCUGGAGGUGGGCGCCUGCAACGCGCUCCUGCUGAAGGUGAACCAGAUCGGGUCCAUCACGGAGGCCAUCGAGGCGGCCAACAUGUCCAUGGACGCCGGCUGGGGCGUCAUGGUCUCCCACCGCUCGGGCGAAACGGAG